AAAGCUCAAAAGUUAAAUGCGACUAUGCAUUGCAUUGGGUCAUUCAUUCUUCUUUUCUUUUCUUUUCCUUGCCUUGUCAACCAAUGUUUAGUAGUAUUAGACAAAACACCAUGUAACAUUACACACUCAUCCAAAAAACCCACUAAACGACAAAACAAAAACCAUAAAAAAACUUCAAAACCACAACGUGGCGUUUUCAUAUCAAAAGCAGUCAAAUUACUGAUCGUCCUUUCUUAUUACUGCUUCAUACAUAUAGCUGUAUGGGUCCCAUCACACCACACACACACUUUUUUUCUCUCUUCUUUUUUCAUUUCUAUCUUCUCUCAAUAUUUGUACUACCUUCUCCCUAAAUUCCUCUUCAUAAAACUAAACACUUUCCAUUCACUAGUAAGUAGUAACCACCAAACCAAUAUACAACAAAAAUAA